AUGGCUCCAUUACCAGCUGCACGCAUUACUCCAUCGAAGGUCUUUGAACAAACAGGGCUAGACUAUUGUGGGCCGUUUCUCGUUCGACCGCUCGCAGGUCGAGGCGCAUCGGUAAAAGUCUGGGUCGCCGUGUACGUAUGUUUCGCCGUUAAAGCCGUAGCGCUGGACAUCGUCGACGGGUUAUCAGCAGCUGCGUGCGUCAAUUCGCUUAGACGCUUCGUGAGUCGUGUCGGACGCGUUCGAAUCAUACAUUGCGACAACAGCACAUCGUUCGUAGGCGCCGCGCGCGAGUUACGGAAGAUGCGACGACAGUAUCGAGAGCAGUUUACAUCAAAUUCUUGGGCCAAUGAAUGCCUGCAACGUGGAAUCGAGUUCCAGUUCAUUCCGCCACGGGCACCGCAUUUCGGCGGUUUAUGGGAGGCUGCAGUUAAGAAAUUUAAAUAUCACCUCAUUCGCAUCAUGAAAACGACGCCGUACCGUUUAGAUGAUUUCCGCGCAGCCAUUGCCCAAGCUGAAAGCAUCAUUAACUCCCGCCCGUUGACUCCACUAUCGAACGAUCCUAGUGACCUCUCCGUCCUCACUCCUGGGCACUUUUUAAUUGGAGAGUCACCGUUCCAACUUCCCGAGCAGGACUAUCAACAAAAGCCACUCAAUCGCCUUUCUCGCUUUCAGGCAACCCAACGUGCCAUAACUAACUUUGCUGUCGGGACGAUGGUCGUCAUAAAAACGGACUGCGUACCACCAAAACGGUGGCCACUAGGACGAGUGGUUACUGUCUACCCUGGGGCUGAUGGCAUCACCCGAGUCGUAGAUGUACGCACGCAGAAUGGAACCCGACGUCGUGCAACGUCAGAACUUUGCAUUUUGCCCAUCGAAAAUUGUGCUGCAGAAUAUACAGCUAUCCUCAAACAACCAGUUUAA